AUGGCGCCGGUCGAGGUCUUGAUGGUUGGUACUGGCGAGUACACAACGGGCUUUGUUGGAGGCGGCGCGUCCAAAUCAGACAAAAAGGUGGGCGUCGUGGGUCUGACACUCUUCGACCUGCGAAGACGUGGGAAGGUGGGAAAGCUGUCCAUGGUGGGCGUUUCGGGCGGCAAAUUCCCCGCAAUCCGCGAGCAUCUCCAGAAGAACAUUUCCGAGGCAUACAACGGAUUGGAUGUGUCCUUUGAAGAGUUCCCAAAAGAGGGAAAGACCGAUCCCGACGCGUUCAAGACAGCGAUUGAUGCGCUUCCUAAGGGCAGUGCGAUUACCAUCUUCACGCCUGACACCACCCACUACCCAAUCGCUCUAUAUGCCAUCGAACGUGGGAUCCACGUGCUCAUCACAAAGCCAGCAGUUAAGCUGCUCGAGCAUCACCAGGAGCUGCUCGUGGCUGCAAAGAAACACAAUGUCUUUGUUUACAUCGAGCACCACAAGCGAUAUGAUCCUGCAUAUGCAGAUGCGCGCUUCAGGGCACAGAAAUUGGGCGACUUCAACUACUUCUACUCGUACAUGUCACAGCCGAAGAGUCAAUUAGAAACCUUCAAGGCCUGGGCCGGUAAAGACAGCGACAUCUCAUACUACCUCAACUCCCACCACAUCGACAUAAACGAGUCCAUGGUUCCAGAUUACAAGCCGGUCCGUGUCAUGGGCAGCGCAGCGAAGGGAAUCGCAACCACCCUCGGUUGCGAUCCCGCUACGGAAGAUACCAUAACCCUUCUCACCGACUGGGUCAAGAAGGAUGAUCCCAGCAAGCGGGCGACGGGUGUUUACACAGCAGGCUGGGCAGCACCACAGAAAGCUGGUGUACAUUCGAACCAGUACUUCCACUACAUGUCAUCAACAGGAGAGAUCCGGGUCAACCAAGCCAAGCGAGGCUACGAUGUAACUGAUGACGAGGGUGGCCUCCUCUGGUACAACCCAUUCUACAUGAAGUACGCACCUGACGAGGAGGGCAACUUCGCAGGUCAGAUCGGCUAUGGAUACAUCUCCUUCGAGAAGUUCGUCGAUGCCGUUAAUGCCCUAAACGAGGGCAAGGUCACACUCGAGCAGCUCGAUGCGCGCCCAUUACCAACACUCAAGAACACCAUCGCGACUACCGCGAUCCUCGAAGCCGGCCGUAGAUCACUGGAUGAGAACCGCCCCAUCGAGAUUAUCGAGGAGAACGGUGUCUGGUCACUCAAGUAG